CCGCGCGGAGCUAUUUCGCAGCGUUUACGCGUUUCGGGCGCGUCUUGUUUUACCAACGUUGUGUUGUUGUAAGCGGUGUACUACUCUCUGGUUGACAGCAAUAAUUUAGUUGAACGAAGCAUUGAGGUUUGUUGUUUCUGCUCUCACCAUUAAUUCAGGUUUACAUUAGUGAUGUCUCAGCAGGCCCAGCAGACGGGGCCCACGGCUCCUGACUCCCCCGUGCUGGUCGUCACAAGUAACGUGCAGAAAUAUGCCAUAAAGAAGAAAAAGGUUCUCAAUGCUGAAGAAAAUGAACUCUUUGAAUUGACUCAAGCUGCAGGGAUCACUGUGGACCAGGAAGUCUUCAAGAUUAUCGUGGAACUGUUGAAGAUGAACGUGGCCCCUCAAGCAGUUUUCCAGACUCUGAAGGCGAUGUGUGCAGGUCAGAGAGUAGCUGAAAGCUGUGAAGAAUCCUCAACCGUCACCCACACAACGAGCAUCACCACAGCACCUACAGAGGUCAAAGAUGAGGAAUCUUUGGUCUCUGGGAAAAUACCUAAGCCGGCUGCACCUCACCAUUCAGCGUCAGCCCCCAGAUCCGCAAGGGUCAACACUAAGAUUGUGGUCUACGGCCCCCAAGACUCUAACUCUUCUCACUCUCAAGUGCGCAAUAAAGCUGGUGCAAACCAGAGUGACAAAAGUCGAGAGCCCUCCAGCCAGAAGGUGCAGCGGCAGCCAAGCGCCACCAGAGGGCAGAAGACCAAGAGCUCAGGCAGCAGUAGCUCUUCUUCACAGAUCAACUCCUCAUGAGAGUAUAAUCAGUGUGGGACCUUUUGUAAAUAUAUAGGUUAAAUUGUGUUUUACAUUAUCAGAAGAAUGGUUUUACUUCACAAAUGGCUAGAUUUCUUUGUUCUUUGUUGUAGUGUUAUAUGCCUUUGGCUUGCAAAUGACAAGAAAAUGUUUCAGACGUAUUUAUUUUGGGAUAAUAUCUUGUGGUACUUUGGAAAGUCAGUGAACCAAAGUCAUCUUGACAUUAACCUUGACAGAUAAAACUAAAGCAACUUAUAUGUGACAGAUAUUAAAAUGGAAAGAGUGUUUUUAUUUUAAUUCUUUAUGACCUGCAAAGAAAUUUCAAAACAUGUUUAGAUGAUAUUGCCAUGCUUUCCCCUGCAGAGUUAUUUUAGUGCAAGUUUGCUUUCGGCACAAGGGCUGUCAAAUUGAUUACAUUUUUUUGUAGAGCAAAAAAAAAAAGAUCCUUAUUCUUGUU